GAAGUUAACACGACUACAGAAACAUCAUCAUCGCCUACAACCUCACCACCACCAACCAAAACAAUGUUUACCGAACAGGCAGUCGUACAUGCAUCUCAAUCAAUGACUUCUUUGACAUUAAAUACGAACACCACACAAUCACCCAAUCAAAAUCUCAUUCACCAAAGUCAACAGCAACUACCCAAACAGCAACAGCAAGACAAAUAUAACUUUCAUUAUCAUCAUCACCAUCACUCUCCCCAUCAUUCAUCAUCCUCUCAGCAAAAUACUCAACAGCAGCAGCAUCAUUCACAUCAGCACAACCAUAAUUAUCAUCGCCAAAACAAACAAGUACAUACAUUGCCAUCAUCUCUGCCCACUUCUAUGGAAUCAUCAAUUUCACGUCGGAAUUCAAUUAUAGAACAUUGUUCCUGUGGUCUUACAUUUAAAGUUGAUAAAAACACAAAUAACAUUAUAACAUCAUCCACCUCUCUGCUAACGCUCAAUACAAUAUACAACGAAAAUCCAACCUUAAUUGAUCAAAUAAACAAUCAGGGAUCCCUAACACAAUCGCAGAAUAUACUGCAGGAUGCAAAACACCAUCAGAAACAUCGUCAACAGCAAUCACAACAACAGCAUCAGUCAUUUAACAAACACAAUUAUCAUCAACAACAACAUCAUGCUCAUCACUGUCAUCAUUAUCAAACUCCAUCGUCAGGUGGAACAGUAACUGUUGCAACUGCUCCAGUAACAAUACCUCGUUACAAACCAUCAGAACCACCGGAAAUUCAUACUCAUGAAUAUUUCUCACAAGAAUCUCAAUCUCAAGAUCACACCACAACAAUCACAAAUACGACUGCAUCAUCCGCAGCAUCAAUAAAUGCUUCUUUUACUACACCACAUUCGCAUGGUUGUCGUCACUCACAUGUUCAUGCCCAAACCGAUUUCUCAUAUGGCCAGCGAUGACAUGCUUAAGGAACUAAAAUAGAAAAUAGGAAGAGAGGCAAAGAGUUUCGACACCAUAUCACUUCUAAAGAAUCAGUCUGAAGGUAAAAUUUCGAACAGAAUUCAUCGAUCUCAAACUAGAACAAGUACAGGCUAUAGUCAUGUGUUGCAGUAGAAUAUAUAGUUGUGGAACUUAUACAACAAAAACCGAAAAAAAACAAUCUAUGUAUUUAUAAAAGACUUACAUCUUCCAUUUCUAAAGUUUUCCAUUUUAUUUUUCAAGCGAUUUUUUUAGAAAGUUUUUAUUUUUUAAUUCGAAAUAUUUUUAACCAUUCUUUCUUUAACUAAUUUUUCAAUAAUUGAAUUGAUAGUUUCACUUUUCUGCGAAGCAAUAUUAUUUUAUAUUCUAUCUAAAAAAAUUUAUCAGCUAUUAUUUUAUUAAUAUAAAACACAUAAUAGUUAUUAUCUUCCUAUAAUGCCAAUCAUUAGAAAAAAAAAGUUAUUUCAAAUCAAGUCAUCAUAGUCUUCACAAACAUGCGUUUACACAGUAAAAUAAAUUUAAACAGAAAUUAAAAAUAUAAAUAAAUAUUUACUGUUUGGAAUUGUAACUAAAAUUAAAAAGUUACUAAAUAACAAAUAAUAGACCUAUAUUUAAUUAAAAAUUAUUAACAAA